GUUUCUCGGAUUUCUGAAGAAGCACUCUUUGCGUACGCUGCCGCCGUCCCUGGAGAAGUAAUACUUCCAGUCUUAGUUCCUAUUAUUGAAAAAUUUAAGUAUCCAAGCAAUUUGUCUGGUUUGAAAUUAUUGAAUAAGAUAUUAGAUGAAAUUCAAAAAGAAGACAUCAUUCCUAGUUUAGACUAUUUAAUGCCCGCAUUGGUUAAGUCUUUUCAACAUAAUGAAAGCAGCGUUAGGAAAGCUUGUGUUUUCUGUCUGGUUGCACUACAUAAAAUAAUUGGAGAAGAUCUAAAGAAUUACCUGACUGGAUUAACGGGAUCACAGAUAAAGCUAUUACAUCUCUACAUCAAGCGAUCUGUAUCUCAAGCGACUACUGCUGCAAAUUUCACCGGUCGAUAA